AUGAAUAGUGAUCCAAACAAUACGAAAUUCGUAUUGGAACGUAUCAAUCAAACAGAAAAAUAUUUAGGUAGUAUAUGUUUACAAUUUGGUAAAGUUUGUCGUAAAGAAGCACGAUUACGCGAAUGUAAUGAUCAAUUAGUUCAAAAUAUGUUUGAAUUCGCUGAUCGUGAACGUAUAAACACAUCAUUAAGACAAAGUCUUCAACAAUAUGCAAGUUAUUUAUCAGCUGUUGAAGAUUAUCGUAAUACACUUAUUGCAAGAAUUGAAAAUCAAAUACUUGAACCACUUGCUAAAUAUGGUGAAGUUCUAAAACUUAAACGACAAGCCGUACAAAAAGCUAUUAAUGCACGAGAUAAAGGUGUUCAACGACAACGUAAAUUACAACAAGCAACAAAUCGUAAUCCAGGAAAUCGUGAUGCUAUUGUUGCUAUGCAAGUUAAUGCAGAAUAUGCACAAACAGAAGCAUCACGUGCAGAUAAUGUUGUUCAAGAUGAAAUUGAUAAAUUUGAACAAAUGAAAUUAACUGAUAUUAAAAAAUAUUUAACGGAUUUUACAUUAAUUAAUUUAUCUUUUCAUGCUCGUGCUAUGGAAAUGUAUACAUAUGCACAUCAGCAAUUAUUAAAUAUUGAUAUUGCUCAUGAUUUAGAGGAAUUUCGUACGGCUGCACCAUUUCAUCGUCUUAAUCCGUCUCAACGAAGUGUUAGUGAAACGGCAAUUAAUAAUCCGAAACAUACAACAAUAGGUUCUCUUGUUAGUCAAUAUUCAGGCUCUACAGGUGCAUUACCAGAUCAUCGUCGUGAUGAUGAAUUAGGAUCAACUCAUAGUUUACCAGCAGAUAGUCGUGCUCAUCGUGGUGGAUCAUUCGAACACGAUGAUUAUCGAAGAUCACAUCCAACACGAGGUGGUAUUCAUAAUUCAAGUUCGACAAAUGAACAUUCAUCAAAACAAGGAGCAACAAGUAGUACUACUAAGAAGAACACAACGGUCAAACCAAAUGUUGCCGAAUCGUAUUCGUCUGACAGUGAUACAGAUGAUUAA